UGACUGAUUUGAUUGACGUGACGCGACAUAUUUACGACAAAUCAAAAAUCUUUUUUUAGUGUUUUUAAUUAACAUAUAUUUACCAUGGAAGACGUUAAGGAUUUGGAACCUCUAGAGCCGUCUUUACGCAAUAUAAUAGAUCAAAAAUCAUUGCGAUGGAUAUUUGUUGGUGGAAAAGGCGGCGUAGGAAAAACAACGUGCAGUUGUAGUCUAGCCGUCCAAUUGUCCAAGGUUCGAGAAUCCGUGCUAAUUAUUUCCACUGAUCCCGCUCACAACAUUUCAGAUGCAUUUGAUCAAAAAUUUUCAAAGGUACCUACUAAAGUGAAAGGCUUUGACAAUUUAUUUGCAAUGGAAAUUGACCCCAAUGUGGGAUUAACUGAAUUACCAGAAGAGUACUUUGAAGGUGAAACUGAGGCAAUGAAGCUUGGUAAAGGUGUAAUGCAAGAGAUAGUCGGAGCAUUCCCUGGUAUAGAUGAAGCCAUGAGUUAUGCCGAGGUUAUGAAACUAGUGAAGGGAAUGAACUUCAGUGCAGUUGUGUUUGAUACUGCUCCUACAGGACACACACUCCGUCUCCUCUCUUUUCCACAGGUUGUUGAGAAGGGCCUCGGCAAAUUGAUGCGACUGAAGUCUAAGGUGGCUCCUUUUAUGAACCAAGCUGCAACAUUAUUUGGACUUGCAGAAUUAAAUGCAGACAUGUUCAGUAACAAAAUGGAUGAAAUGUUAUCUAUAAUACGACAAGUGAACGCUCAGUUCAAGGAUCCCAAUCAGACUACGUUUGUAUGUGUUUGUAUUGCAGAAUUUUUGUCAUUAUACGAAACUGAACGUUUAGUACAAGAACUUACCCGUUGUGGUAUAGACACACAUAAUAUCAUCGUUAAUCAGUUAUUGCUUCGAACAUCGGCUCCUUGUGAACUAUGUGCGGCUAGGCAUAAAGUACAGGAGAAAUAUUUAGAGCAAAUUACUGAUUUAUAUGAAGAUUUUCAUGUAACAAAACUACCGUUACUCGAUAAGGAAGUCAGGGGUGCAGCGGCUGUUAAUUCUUUCUCAGAAUACUUACUUAAACCAUAUGUGCCCCCAACAGCGCCUUAAAAAUUUUCACUAAGCAACAUAUACAUCAUCAAACAUAUUUAUAUACAUAUAAAAAAAGUAUUUUAUGUAUUCAAGUGGCUUAUCAAAUAACCAUGAACAUUUCCUGAAUAAAAGAUCAAAUGUCAUUACCUUCAGUUGCCUUAGCACGAAUAUUCGUGUGAAUGUUUUCGUAACUUAAAUGACAAAAUUU